AGCUGAGGUCUGUUCAGUCUCAUGUCUUAAACCUUUCCUCUCUGCACUCACAGGUCUGUAGAAGCAGCAGCUGGAGCUGAAGGAGCUGGCCCAGGCUGUGAUUGGUCCACUGAAGAGGGGACUCUGUUCCUUCAACAACGUCUCACAGAUGCUCCUCAGUAUAGACGCAGACAUCGUCCUUCCUGGAUGUCCGACCUUUAGCGAUGUCAGAUCAGAGAUUGUGAACAUGAAGCAGCAGAUGGAGGAGUCAGAGCAGGUGGCCACAAACAAGCUUCACUGUCUGGAUGAGGAGACUGAGCAUCUCACUGCAGAGCAGAGUCUGUUAGCAGAGCAGAAAAAACAGAGAGAGUCUGAGUUAGAGAACCUGAAAACACAGCUGGAGUCCUACAGAUCCUCUCUGCAGAGUUACACUGAAGCUCUGGAGACAGAGAGGAGAAACCUGAGGUCAGCAGAAGACACCCUGGGAGACAUGACUCAGAGAAGAGACGAGGCUGCAAGAAACGUGGAAAUUGGAGCUAUUCUCAUGGUUAUCCCCAUUGUGGGAUGGAUUGCUGGUGGAAUAAUGAUUGGUGUUGGAGAAAGGGAAAUGAGUGAGGCCUCUGAUGCUGUAGACAGAGCUAAGAAGGAAGUGGAGAACUGUGAAUCUCAGGUGAGCUCAUAUUCUGACAAAGUGUCUGAGUACAGAUCCUACACCUAUCGAGCUGAGUGUGACAUCCAAGAGGCUGACAGGAAGAUUGAUGAGGCCAAGGCCAAACAGCAGGCUCUGACUGUGAAGAGGGAGGUCGUUGCUGAUGUUCAGGCUAAAAUGAGACGAGCCGUCCAUCAGCUGGGGCCGCUGUGUGGGGCAGGGAGUGCAGCAGAGCUGCAGACCCGACACCAGAUCCUGCUGGAGCCUGUGGUGAAGGUGAUGCAGGAGAUUACAACAGCACUGGGUCACAUCACUGGAGAGGAUCUGCUGCACACAGAAGGUAUAAAGAGGCUGAUGUUGGACUUGAAGACAAACCAAGACAAACUGAAACAACUUGCUGACACCAAGAAGAGUUCAGAUGAUGAUUUCUACUGAUCUGAAACUCUCUGAAAAGAAACUGUUUGAAAUACUUCUGUUAGUGGGUCAAUGAAAAACCUUCUGAUCAAACACUGAUCAGCUCCAACAUGAAACCACUGCUACCAGAGGUCUGGUCUGACUCAGUGGUUUAAUGUUGCAGUUGAUCAGUGUGUGAUGUACUGGAAUGUGGUUGGUGUUUGUUUUUUAAAUUUUCUUUUUCAAAUAACAGAUGAGUUAAUAUGCCCACCUCCAAAUGUUAUGGAGCUUUAAGAUAACACUGGACCUUUUUGACUUCUUUAAUUUCAUAUAUUCUGGCUAAAGUCUAAAGUCAUAUCUUUAUAGAAAUACACAGAUGAAUGAACAGAUAUUUGAUUGCAGUCA